UUGAAUCUUGGAAACAUUUAGGUAUUUUGGUUUUUAAGUCUGUGACUUCGUGAUAGGUUUCACUUAACGAAAAAAAUUGCAAUUAAGUCUGGCUCCUUGUUUUUCAUCUGUAUUGUUUAAAUUAUUAUAAAUUAUGGCAAAUAUAGCCGCGAAACGUAUUAAAAGAGAAAUCAAGGAGGUCGUGAAAAGUGAAGAGGUGGAAGAGGGCACGUUAAAACUCGAAUUGGUUAAUGAAAGUUGGACAGAGCUUCUCGGUGAAAUUUCUGGUCCACCAGACACUCCUUACGAAGGCGGAGUGUUUAAACUUGAAAUUAAAGUACCCGAAACAUAUCCAUUUAACCCACCAAAGAUACGUUUCAUAACUAAAAUUUGGCACCCGAAUGUAUCAUCAGUAACCGGUGCUAUUUGCUUAGAUAUUCUCAAGGACCAAUGGGCCGCGGCCCUCACUCUUAGAACAGUACUUCUGUCCAUACAAGCGUUGCUUGCAGCGGCCGAGCCGAAUGACCCCCAGGAUGCAGUUGUAGCUAAGCAAUUUAAGGAAAGCCCACAGCUGUUCUCGUUAACGGCCAGACACUGGACCAACGUGUACGCAAGUGGUCCGGUCACCAUCUGGGAGUUCAACCAGAAAGUGCAACUUCUGUUAGAAAUGGGCGUCGAAGAACACCAAGCGAGAGUAGCUCUUUCCACGUACGAUUGGGAAAUCGAAAGAGCCACUGAACAGCUUUUUAGUUAGUGUCAAACGUUAGUUAUAUUCACACUAUACAACAUGAGUUUUGGUGAUAGCUGACUAGAAAUUAAAAUUAUAGUUGUACGUUUUUCUGAGUUGUGUGAAUUAUGCGAACUAUAUUAAUAUGAAAACACUCACCAUACACAUAGAACGUGUCGUGACACUUAAACCAAGCAUAAUACCUACAUUUCAGUUGGUUCGUAAAAAUGGUUGUGUAAGAACUUUUUCUGUUCGCAAAUAUAUACGAUGAGAUGCAUGCAAUUAAUUUAAUAUUUGAGAGACAAAUCUCAGAUAAAAUCAAUUGAUUGAUUAUAUUUUGUGUUUAAUUUUUUUUUUUUCAUGGUUAAUUCAAAAUCAGCUUACAUAAUAUUUUCGUAUUUUGUUAUUUUUUUAACAUUGUACUUCGUUGCUAGAUAAGAAAUGAAUAAUUAAUAGAAAACAAUAAUUAGGUUACAGUAAACGAGUUUUCACGAAACAGACACUUCUGCAAUAUACACCAAGGGGUCCCAUUCGACUUAGUAGUAUUCGUAUAGCGGUCUCACCAUUAAAAUGAACGUAAUAAAUUCGGGAAAGUAUUUUAAGUAUUCGUCGUAAUUUUAAUUACAACUGUAAGGUUUUUAUUUUUAUUUUUCACAAUUCCAACAUGAAAAGUAUCUUAUUAGGUUCUUGCGGUGAGUUAUUUACAUUUUUAUUACAACGGCUAACUGUAUCGAUAGUUGGGAGCCGUGUGUAAAUUUGAAAAAAGCUAAUGACGCAACUUCAUUGGUGGACGAUAUCAUUGGUUCGUCGCUGCAUAGGCACAGACUGCAUCAUAAUUAAAAUGGACGGUAAUGGUUAUGAAAAGUGUAUCGAUAAUCUGGAACUCAGAACUCUUUAAUAUCCCCUUGGGAGCUAAAGAGGGAUCCCGUACGAAUCCAAACUUGAGAACCAGAAACGACAUGUUUGUAUUUGAUAUUAGCAGAUGAACCUAAAAAUAUAAAUGUCGUUCCGUCCCAUCUUUUUAUAUUAUUGCAUAUUCACGUUUUUGACAUAUCUUCGUAGUACAAUAGUACUAGGGGUUUUAUGAAGGUAUAUCAAAUGCGCGACGCACGAAGAUGUCGAGUGUAAACAUUUUGUAUGUAACUUGAUGUUUCCAACGUUCGACGAACACCUGCGGUAUAACCGUACCUACUCUUGUAAAUCUAUUGUGUUUAAUUAUUUUCUACUUUCGUCCCUUCUGUAUCCGCGCAUUUCCCCUAUACAAAGUGUACGGUGCAUAUAAAUAUAUGUAUGUAAUUAAAGAUGUUAUUUUUUCCAUUACAUAUUACUUAUGUAUGUAAGUCUUUGCAGCGGCAUCGAGACUGUAAGGUACCCUUGAAUUGUUGCAUUUUAUUUUUUUAUAUUAUUAUUAUAAUGUUUUUUUUUUACAUUGUAAUUAUUUAUGCUUUCAUAAUUUAAUACAUUUCAUUUGUAAUUUUAUGAGGUACAUUUAAAAUACUGUCACUAUUUUUGUGCAUUGCCAGGAGGUUAUUAUUAUAUAUUUGUUUGUUUAUAAUUAUAUCAAUAUAUAGGGUUCACGGAUUAAAUUUAUUGCUUUCUCUGAAUAUCAUUCCUUCUUUUAGAUACGACUAGUGUUAGUUUCCGAACCAGAUAAAAAAUGCCUUGUAAUGUGAUUAAUUUGUAUCAACAAUAUGAAAUAAGCAAUAAGAAAUGUGAUUUAACAUAAGGUACUUUAAAUUUAAAUACAUUCAAUCGAGAUAUUUUCCUGUCUCUGCUGCAAUAGUUAUGGAUUACCAAUUAUUAUAAUAAUUAUUGAAGUAUCGCAAUAAAUGGUACAGGUGUCCUAUCGAUUUGCCUGUUAAACAAGU